AAAUUCGUACAUCUUCGGCUUGAUGGCUCUCGACACGAACCCCUGGACUUUGGUUGAUACACUUUGCCGGCUAACCCCUCGUGAACGUAUGGUUCGUCCCUGUUGAGCCGUACUGGGUAUUCGUUUCUCCAAUAUAAAAGGCAUUUGAUAUACGUUCACUCGUUACGCAGCAUAGCUCGCAAUGUCUCUUUUUCUGCGCUCUUCCCUUGUCCUGGUGCAAGCAUUCUGCAACCAGAUUGCAUUUACUCCACCCAAUAAAACGCCAACAAAAUGGCGCUAUCACACUGAAGAGGCAUCCGUCUUGCAAAUAGCUCCAUUGAUCUUCAAGGCCCACACCAUAAUUCUAUGGCUGAGCGCUGCAUAUGAAGUGAUGUCGACAUUCCACUAUUUUUGUGGAUCGUUGUUCUCAACGCAGCUAUCAAGCCACGUUGACUCGGUAUUCUGUCCUGCACGUCGCACACAACAUUUAGUCACUCCCGUGUUCUUGCUCGGGGUCAUGAUGGCUGCUCUCGGGAUGUUUAUCCGCGUGCGCUGUUUCCAUGAGCUCGGUCACUUGUUCACCUUCGAUCUCACCAUGUACCCUGAGCACAAGCUCGUGACAUCUGGAUUUUACAAAUAUGUCCGGCACCCAGCCUACACGGGCUCCUUGUUGCUCGUUGCGGGAAUUGCCUUCUCGCAUUUAACUCCCGGGAGCUGGGUAAAUGAAUGCGGCAUCCUCGGACCUGUCAGCUCCGCAUUGUUAGGGGCUACGUGGUGGGCUUGGGCGUUGUCCGUAGGUGUGAGCCGUGCAUACGCAGAGGAUGGUGAGCUCCGUAAACUAUCUGCAUCAGAGUGGGAUGCAUAUGCUGCGGAAGUGAAGUUCUGGUUUGUACCGGGAUUACUGUGAGCUCGUGACAUACGUCAUCGGUAGAUCAGUUCACCUUGAAGCCUGUUUCUUUUUCCUGUCUAGUCACGACUCAUUACUAGUAAUUCAUUUAGACAACC